CCGACGUGGUUUGGUCAAGUCGCAACGCGCAAUCCCUCCUCCCUCGCCCUCAUCUCGUCAUCUCCCUAACCCUCCAAACCCUAGAGACGCGCCGCCGCCGCCGCCGCCGCGGCACCACCGACACCCGGAGCGAGAUGAGGCCGCGCGGCAGGGGCGACGACGUCGACGAUGACGACGACGAGGACGAGUACGAGGACAUCACGCCGCCGCGGAGUACGCCGGAGCCCGAGGCCGACCCCGCCCCCGCGCCCGCGCCCUCGCCUUCGCCUUCGCCCGCCCCCGCCCCCGCGCCGCCGCAGCCUGCGCGGGCCCCGCUUAGCAGCCUCGUUGUCAAGCCGCCUUCGCCGCAAGAGAACGGCGGUGGGUCGUCCCCACCCUCUCCCGCCGCCCGCGCGGCCCGCUCGCCCUCGCCCGGGGGCGGCGGUAGCUACCGCGCCCGCGGGGCCUCGCCCCCGCGGCACCGGCGGGAGUUCUCGCCGCCGCGACCCCGAGGCUGGGAGCGGCGCCGGUCUCCGCCGCCGCCGCCGGAGAGGCGGCGUCCUGGGAGCCCCCCUCCCCAGCGCCGCCGCUUCAGCCCCCCGCCCCGGUUCCAGCCUCCGCGGCACCCGCGCUUCCACAACGAGCAACCAGGAUAUGGAAUGCAUGGAGGCCCUUCGCCACCACGCCCACGCAGACCAGAAGCCAGCAAAUUUGAUGAUGCUGUUGGCCCACGUUACACCCAUGGUUAUCAAGGGGGUGGUAGAGGAAGUGCGAGGUUCCGAGAGGGUUCUCCGCCAUACGGAAGAGGCAGAUCUUACGGGAGAGGCUUUGGUGCUCCUCCUGGAAAAGAUUUCAUUAAUAUUGAUGGAGAAUAUGUUCACAGGAAUGAUCCAAAUUUGUCACCAAGAGAAGGUGAUUGGAUAUGCCAGAAUCCAAAUUGUGGAAAUCUCAAUUUUGCUCGGCGCACACACUGUAACAACUGCAAUAAGUUCCGCUAUUCAGCACGUGAAGCAUAUGAACCUAGGCGCAGCCCUCCAAGGGGUUACCCAAGUCCUCCACGAGGGCCUCCUAGGAUGGUUGGUCCACCCGGUGAUCGAGCCCCCCCAAGAGAGAUGUCCAGGUACAGAUCACCACCUCAAGGCUGGGGUGCAGGUGAUCCUAGGGGAUAUGCAGCUCGAUCCCCUCCAGAACGCCCAGUACGGUUCACAGAUCCAUCACCUAAGGAAAGAAUGGGCUUCCGUGGUGAGCGUGACCUGAGGGACCGUGCAAAGUUUGAGUGGUCUGCCACUGAUGACUACGGUCGGAGGGAGCGCCCGCAUGAUGGUUAUCUUGACAGAAGUCGGCGUCGCUCGGGGUCUCGGGCUAACUGGGGGAAUGAUCUGCAUGACAGAAGCCGCACCCCUCCACGGAACAGGCUGAUGAAGGGUUCCUUCACUGGCAGGGGUCGACCAGAAGACUAUGCUGGUGAUCCAUAUGCAAGCCAAGGGAGACCCAACCAGGCUGGCCGGGGGCGUGGGCAUGGUUACAGACCAGGAGGUGGUCCAUACCCCAGUGAGAGUAGAGGUGACCGGCGCCCUGCUCCGUGUGGUAGGAAUGAAGACAACUACUAGAUCAUGACAAAGCAGUUAGGCGAUGCAUUUGGGCUUAGUUGGUCGGAGAGGAAAACCUAGUCAAGCUGGUUGAGAAUGUCUGCAGCCUGUAAUAUUAAAGAUUUCGUGCUUUGUCUUGAACUGUGGUAACUUGGUUGCUUGAUGCUGUGAGGUUACAAUUGACUUCUGUUACUAGACGCAUGAUGUUUCAGUGCUCAACAAUUGAAGGCGAGUUCAGAAAUGAACAAGCGCACGAUUCUGUUGGAUGAUCAUGGGAGCUACUUCCUACUUGGGCUGUUUAUUGAUGGCAAUUGAUUAUUUGAUUCUCCUUAGCUGGGUUGGCACCUCUCUUGGAAGCAAGGUUGAUGAACACGAUUGCAUCUUGGUAGUCUGCUGUUGCUAGCUUGGUCAGUUUACUCAUGAGGGCUGGAUUGUUAACCGAAUGAUCAGAGAUGCAGAAGCAUAUGAGGUUAAUGCUACUUGUGCCUGUGCAUCUGACAAAUCUUGCCAGAUGCAUAUAAACGGAAGAUUCCUUCUGGUAGUAGCUAAGCAUUCCCCCUCUUUUGACAAUGAAGCACGCUUCAGCUGCGUUCUGAUAAUUAGCAUUGCUGCUCCACAUGGUGCAUGUUCUUGGCCAUGAGUGAACUAACUUUUCCGAUACGAAGUGGUCCAUCUAAUUCAAAUUUACGUCGUUAAGGAUGUCCACAUGUCUUGAGAUUUUGAUCAAUAAUUUAUGUAAGAAAUACGAUGCUUCCGAUGAUAAUACAUUGAAAGUAAUUUUUAGGGUGACUA